AUGGAGCUAGCCCCGGAACUGUAUGAGACCCCGGCGUCCAGCCUGGACACCUUUGUGGCACGCUGGGUGCAGCCCACCCAGGAAUGGAAGGAGGGGGUGCUGGAGGCCGGAGGCACCGUGGAAAAGUUCCUUCGGGAGGAGCGCUUCCAGUGGGAGCACGGGCUGGACCAGGAGGUGCGGAUGCUGAAGGUACUCAAGGUGGGCUCCCUGGGGAACGGCACCGGGCUCCGAAGCUGCAGUGAGGUGGAGCUGGUGGUGUUCCCGAGUUGUUUCCGCAGCUUCCGGGAGGGAGCCAGUCUCCACCAGGCCAUACUGCAUCUGAUUCGGAAGAGGGCCCAGCGCUCUAGAGAUCUGCAGGCUGUGGGACUGGAGAGCGCCAGCGUGGUCCAGGGAGUUCCCGACGCUCUCAUCUUCACCUUCUGGUCCUGGAGGAUGCAGGAGCCCAUCACUGUCAGCAUCGUGCCGGCCUACAGGGCCCUGGGACCUUCAGUUACCAACACUCAGCCUCCACAUCCUGCUGUCUAUGAUGAUCUGAUUAAGGCCAAGGGCAACCCUGGGCAUUUCUCCCCAUCCUUCUGCGAACUGCAAAGAAACUUCGUGAAACAUCGGCCCACCAAGCUGAAGAGCCUCAUGAGGCUGGUGAAACACUGGUACCUGCAGUACGUGAAAGCCAGGUCCCCGAGGGCCACGCUGCCCCCGCUCUAUGCCCUCGAGCUCCUGACCGUCUAUGCCUGGGAGAUGGGUGCUGAGGAGGAGGAGAGUUUCCCCCUGCAUGAAGGCCUGGCCACAGUGAUGGAGCUGCUCCAGAACUACCAAUUCCUCUGCAUCUACUGGACCAAGUUCUACUCGCUGGAGGACCCGGUCCUCGGGGACUUCGUCCGGAAAAAGCUCAAAGGGGAGAGGCCCAUCAUCCUCGACCCCGCAGACCCCACCCACAAUGUGGCUGAAGGUUAUAGGUGGGACAUCGUGGCUCAGCGAGCAAGCCAUUGCCUGAAACAGGACUGUUGCUAUGACGACAAGGACAACCCCAUCCCCAGCUGGAAUGUGAAGAGUGCUCGGGACAUCCAAGUGACUGUGGAGCUGUCUGGUUACCCCGACUUGAUCCUCUGGGUGAACCCUUAUGACCCCAUAACAAAGAUUAUAAAGAAAAUUCGGCUGCGAAGGAGCAGGCGCUCUUCAGUCCAGCUGCGGCUGUCUUUCCAGGAGCCAGGGGGGGAGCGGAAGGGCCUCGCCGCCCAGUGCUCCUUGGCCUAUUAUGGGAUCUUCGCCAGCGUCCACCUCCUUCUGCUGGAGACUGUCCCCCCGGAGAGGCAGGUCUUUGUGAAGAACCUGCAUGGAGAGAGCCAGGCCUACGCCAUUCACCCCAACAGCUUCAUCGGGAACCUGAAGCAGCAGAUUGAACUCAGGCAGGGGCUGCUCCAAACACAGCAGGAGCUUGAGUUCCAAGGCCAAGUCUUGCAGGAUUGGUUGAGCGUUGGGAACUACGGGAUCCAAGACAACAACACCCUCAUCCUCUCCAAGAAGAGAGCAGGAGGAGAGGCUCCCCUUCCGUUCAGCUAGUCUCCUCCAAGAAUCCUCUCCGUACCGUCUAUUCCUGCUGCAGCCCACCCACUACCCCUUCCAGCUCUCCGCUGGGCAGGCCCCACCUCUUCUCCACUUUUAUCACAGCCCACCAGAGCCAGAAUCAAGAGGUAUAGGAGAGACACCGAAUGAACAUCGGCCAAACUAUAUAUGACAAGAGAACUCCCACCCACCAACUCUGCAGUCACCAACUCUGGGAGCCAAACCACCACCUCCGCAGUCAUCAACCCCAAACCAUCGGGGGCUUUGUCAAAAACUGCCAAUUUCCCCUAAGUCCCACCUCCUUUCAACUUAGGACCAACCACAGCUAGCUAACUAGGUUCCCUAACCAAUCUCAUGAUGCCCUGGACAGCCCUCCUACAGCUUCCGGUUGAAGUUUAUUUUUUCAUUAAAAGUUUUUGCAUUGA